AUGGCUUCACCAAAGUAUCUUACCGGUGAUAAAUCCGCCAUAAACGAAUUCAUCGAUCAAUUCGACGUCUUCCUUUUUGAUUGCGAUGGUGUACUUUGGUCCGGGGAUCAUAUCUUCCCAGGGACCGUCGAGACUUUAGAAUUAUUGAGAGCAAAAGGCAAAAAGAUUGUCUUUGUAACAAACAACUCCACGAAAUCGAGAACCGAAUAUCAGAAGAAACUUACUUCUCUUGGUAUACCAAGUAAUGUUGAUGAAAUCUUCGGUUCAGCCUACUCUUCUGCAAUCUAUAUCUCUCGAAUCCUCAAGCUUCCAGCACCCAAGAACAAGGUCUUCGUACUAGGUGAAAUUGGUAUCGAAACAGAGUUGAAGACAGAAGGAGUGGAAUUCAUUGGAGGAACAGAUCCAGCUUAUCGUCGCGAUAUUACACCAGCGGAUUACACAGGGAUCGCAGAUGGUUCACUACUUGACGAUGAUGUUGGUGUAGUUCUGGCUGGAUUGGAUUUCCACAUCAACUAUCUCAAGCUAUGCCAUGCUUACCACUAUCUUCGUCGGGGUGCAGUAUUUCUGGCAACGAAUACGGAUAGUACUCUACCAUCAAACCAUACCUUCUUCCCCGGAGCUGGAUCUAUAUCCAUCCCAUUGAUCAACAUGAUUGGAAAAGAGCCAACGGCGCUAGGCAAACCAAAUCAAGCAAUGAUGGAUUCUAUCGAGGGCAAAUUUCAGUUCGAUCGUAAGAAGACGUGUAUGGUUGGAGAUCGAUUGAACACAGACAUCAAGUUCGGCAUUGAGGGUAAACUCGGUGGUACACUAGCCGUGUUGACUGGAGUAUCCAAGAAAGAGGAAUGGGAAGCUGAGAAUGCUCCUGUGGUACCUGCUUACUAUGUUGAUAAACUGAGUGAUCUGAGGGUUUGA